UCUUUCAAUGCGCAAAUGGUUUAGUGGUAAAAUCCAACGUUGCCAUCGUUGGGCCCCUGGUUCGAUUCCUGGUUUGCGCAUUUUUUUUUGCUAUAUUUGAUAUCUACGAGUCUUUAUUUAUCACCUUGGAUCCUUUUUUGGAAACUUUCGGAUCAAAUUUGAUGUAAAUAUGAUGAUUCUAAAGUGGUCAGAUUGAAACAGAUUUUUGGCAUUUGACUUUUUUUUGUUUCGCAGGCACAAAAACAUAAAAUUUAAAAAUAUUUAAAAACCCCUUAAAUCUAAUAUUGUAACAGUUGACGACUACACUUUUCCAUUGUCUGAAAGAUAGAUAUAUUUAUAUAUACAACAGAAACUUACAUCGAUUGAAUGAGAUUAGGCAAUUUGUUAUUGUUCAUCAAUUUGGUGGUGGGGGCACCAAUUGCCAUCAAUCAAGAACAAACGGUUAUUAGUGAAAGAAUUCCAACUGAGAUUGAAGCCGCAUCUAUUGCUCGUACCUUAGUUUAUCGAGAAUCAUUAACCAAUAUUAAUACCAUCAAAAGAAUUCUGAAUCGGAAUGAUGUGAAAUCAAUUCCUGUUUCCUCAAUGGAAUAUUAUGCUGAUGUCGAUGAAGAUGGUGAUCCAUAUUUAUUAUUAGUCGAUAUCGGUUCCACCAAUCAGAACAUUAUCAGGGGAUCAGAUUAUUCAUUAACGAUUAGAGUCGGAGAUCAUCCAGGUAAUGAACAAGUUAAUACUGAAUAUCCUGGUGGUAUUGAGGAUUCUCCUGCUGGAUCUCCGAGAAUUCAAUUGACAGGGAAAUUGGUGAAUAAGACAUUUAAAAAUCCAUUUGAUUUAGAUUUAAUCAAAUUAGAAACUUCCUUCCUUAAAAGACAUCCUGACGCAAGUACGUGGUUACCUAAUGGAAUCAUUAGUCCACAUAAAUCUCAUUGGGUUAAGUUUAAAGUUGAAGGAAUUUAUUUCGUGGGUGGAUUUGGUGAUAGGGCAUAUAUUGGAUCUAUUGAUCCUGAAAUAUAUCAUUCUGUAGGAAUUAUUCCUGAUGAGGGUGUAUAAGACGAGUGAAUUUACGUUAUUUGACAAAGUUCAGUAUUUAUUUAGUUUAGUUUAGUUUAGUUUAGUUAGUGAUUAUGUUUUUAGUUCUAUUGUGCUAGGCUGUUUAUUUAAUAUAAAAAAAAUUCAAUGUUAA